AUGGCACUGAUGGCUCCGCUUCCUGCAUCGAUAUAUGUCAACAGGGUGGGCCGUAUACGGGACAUCAACCUAGUUAGCAGAUGUCCUCGAACAGAGCAAUCGUUCACUAUGCCCCAUGGUGAUACUGCAACUGUGAGAAUUGACAAUGCCUCAGUACAACAACUAGAGACUUGUCGAACAAUUGGUGAUAAUAAUCUUCCUACAUGGAUGUGCGCAGGGGAUAUCUUAGCGAAACAGAAUAUAUAUGGGCGUGGGUCAACUGAUGACAAGGGUCCCGUGCUCGCCUGGCUGAGUGCCCUUGAGGCCUACCAAAAAGCGGAAGUCGACGUCCCAGUAAAUCUGCGAUUUUGCUUUGAAGGAAUGGAAGAGUCUGGCUCAGUUAGGUUCUCAGAAUUUGCGCAGGAACACAAGGACAUAUUCACCAAGGUUGGCGCAGCUUGCAUCUCCGACAACUACUGGCUUACUACCAGAAAGCCUUGUCUCACUUACGGCCUUCGAGACAUCAACUAUUUCACCAUAACAAUCGCCCAGAAGCCCUUGCGGGACAUGGGCCUGUGCCCCUCCAUAGCGGUAUAUAUAGAGGGACGGUCCACGAGCCAAUGACCGAACUCGUGAUUAUGCUGUCCAAGCUAGCCGACUCGAAUGGCAACAUCCUGAUCCCCGGAAUCAACGGGCUGGUCGAUGACGUUACACCGGAUAAGAUCGCCCAAUACGAAGACAUUGACUUCGAUAUGGAUGAAUUCCGUAGCACUAUAGGCAGCGAGGCAGCUAUAUACGCCACCGCCAAGGACACUCUAAUGCACCGAUGGAGAUACCCCUCUAUCACGAUCCAUGGUAUCAACGGUGCAGAUCCCAGCCCAAAUCAGACAACAGCCAUCUACUCUAAGGUGACUGGGAAGUUCUCCAUCCGGACAGUGCCAACCAUGGAAGGUAAAGCGGUCACGGCUCUGAUGGUGCACUACCUAGAGCAGGAGUUUAAGAAGCUAGGUAGUACGAAUACGUGUGAAGUGAAACAAUUUGGUGAAUCUGCACCGUACUGGGUCGCAAAUACAGAGGACUCAGAAUUCGCGGCGGGAAGAGCAGCAACAAACAGAGUAUAUAACACGAAGCCAGAUCUGACUCGCGAAAGUGGAAGUAUCGGCGUAACGCUGGAUAUACAGAAAGCCUUGGGUCACGAUAAAAGUAUCAUGCUGCUUCCCGUUGGCAGGUCGGACGAUGGUGCUCAUUGUCCGCAUGAGAAGCUGGACAGGGACAACCAUAUUGAAGAAAGGAAGCUGUUGGGUGCGUACUGGUGGUAUUUUGCCAAUGAGUAG